AACAAAAUAAACAAAUAUAUAUAAUAGCAACACAUAAUUGACUGCCAGUAGUAGAUACUGCUAACUGGAUUGUACUGCAUUGAAAUUUUGGAUUUUAACAUAAGGCAAAAUGGCUGGUGUGUUAUUCGAAGACAUAUUCAACGUCAAGGACAUGGAUCCUGAGGGCAAAAAAUUUGACCGUGUUUCCCGCCUGCACUGCGAAUCUGAAUCAUUUAAAAUGGACCUCAUCCUGGAUAUAAAUUCAUGGCUGUAUCCCAUGGAACUGGGAGACAAAUUCCGCCUGGUGCUGGCCACAACAUUGCGUGAAGAUGGUUGUCCCGACAGUGGCGAAUAUAAUCCUAUGGAGCAUGAAGGCACGCGAGCUGAUAGUUUUGAGUACGUCAUGUACGGAAAGAUAUAUCGCAUUGAGGGCGACGAGGCGCACAACGAGUCAUCACGGCUGUCGGCGUACGUUUCCUUUGGUGGUCUACUGAUGCGUCUGCAAGGAGAUGCCAACAAUUUGCACGGAUUCGAAGUGGACCAGCACAUGUAUUUGCUAAUGAAGCGACUGGCGUUUUGAACAUUGUAUAAUUCACACUAUUUUUGUAAAUUAAAUAAUUUUACU